AUGUUGGCUAUUCAUUGGUUAGAGUUCAUGGUUGACAAUUUUGAAUUACAUCCUGUUGACAAAGUGUGGAUUGUGACUGCUCCUUGGGAUUUCUCAUCUGAAACAUAUCACAGACAUAUAAGUAUACAGAUCUUCCAUGGAGCCUUAUCAUUUGCAAUUCAUUCUAAGGAAGUGAAGGAUUUCCAAAAUUUCCUUCAGUAUUUGAAUCCACGUUCUGAAGCGGAUGGCUUUGUCAAGCUUUUCUGGGAACAAGCAUUUGUCUGUGUAUUUGAAGAUGCAGGUGCAGGGGAGAAUCAACUGACAUCCUGCACUGGAAAUGAGCAGCUGGAGAACAUUCCUGGACCUCAUUUUGAAAUGCAGAUGACUAGUCAAAGCUACAGCAUCUACAAUGCAAUCUAUGCUGUGGCUCAUGCUUUCCAUGCUAUAUAUUCAUCCAGAAGUAAAUACAGAUUGGGGAUUGAUGAACACUAUGUUGAGUCUUCAAAAUUACAACAUUUUCAGAUUCACCCUUUUCUGAAGGAGAUCUCAUUUAACAACUCUGCUGGAGACACCUUGUUUUUUAAUGAGAAUGAUGAAUUAGUAGGUAGAUUUGAUAUUAUCAACUGGAUAACUUUUCCAAAUCAAUCUUUCUUAAAAGUGAAAGUCGGGAAAAUGGAUCCUCAAGCUCCAUGGGACAAACAGUUGUCUAUUAAUGAGAAGAUUAUCACCUGGCAUUAUACAUUUGGAGAGGUUGUGCCCUUGUCUCUGUGUAACCACCGCUGUCUUCCAGGCUAUAGCAGACAAAGCAAAGAAGGGGAACCAUUUUGCUGCUAUGGUUGUGCUGAAUGUCCAUCAGGAAAGAUUUCCAACCAGACAGAUAUGAAUGACUGCUUCAAAUGCCCUGAAGAUCAAUAUCCUAACAAAGAAAAAAAUCAAUGCCUUUCCAAGGAAGUAAAUUACCUGAGUUAUCUUGAUCCUCUAGGCAUAGGUUUGUCUGUUGUGGCUCUUGCUCUUUCUACAACCACAGUCUUGGUGCUUGGAAUCUUUAUUAAGCACCGGAAGACUCCCAUUGUCAAAGCUAACAACCAAAUUCUCACUUACGUUCUCCUUAUUUCACUCCUUCUCUGCUUUCUCUGUUCUCUGUUGUUCAUCGGCUGCCCCCAGUUACUGACUUGCCUUUUCCGACAAACUACAUUUGGGAUCAUCUUCUCAGUGGCUGUUUCUUCUGUCCUGGCCAAAACAAUCAUAGUGGUUCUUGCUUUCAUGGCUACUAAACCAGGAGCUGGAAUAAGGAAAUGGGUAGGGAAAAGAUUUGCAUUUGCUAUUGUUUUGUGUGGCUCGCUUAUUCAAACAUGUAUUUGUGUGAUAUGGCUGGGUACUGAUCCUCCAUUUCUAGAUUUAGAUAUGACAACUCUGCCUGAAGAAAUUGUAAUGGAAUGUAAUGAAGGAUCAGGCAACAUGUUUUAUUAUAUUCUGGGCUACAUGGGUUUUCUGGCUGUCAUCAGCUUCAUGGUAGCUUUCUUUGCUCGGAAAUUGCCAGACACAUUUAACGAAGCCAAAUUUAUCACCUUCAGCAUGUUGGUCUUUUGCAGCAUCUGGUUGUCUUUUGUCCCAACUUAUCUAAGUAUCAAAGGGAAAUACAUGGUGGCUGUGGAGAUCUUCUCCGUUUUGGCUUCCAGCACUGGAUUACUGGGUUGCAUCUUUGUUCCAAAAUGUUAUAUCAUCAUUUUGAGGCCUGAUCUAAACAGCAAAGGACAAUUAAUAAGAACCAACAAGACCGAAAAUAACUUUUGA